GGGAAGUCGCGCUUUGAUUGGGUCCCUGUCAGGUGCCCGCUGCCGGCAGGUUCGGCUGCGCCGGCUGAGAGAGGCGGAUCGGGAUGAGUGGGUCUCCUGGUGGGAAUGUGGUCUCUGACGGCCAGUGAGAUCGAGAGUGCCACGCCCCGCUUCUUCGUUGGAGCUGGGGAUGAGGGGCUGGGCACCCAGGGAGCAGGCAUGAGUGUGGAGGAGAGUGAAAGUGAGCUCCUUGAAGAUGAGGAAGACGAAGUGCCUCUUGAACGGCAGAUUAUUGUUGGCAUUUGUGCCAUGACCAAGAAGUCCAAGUCCAAGCCAAUGACCCAGAUCCUAGAACGACUAUGCCGCUUUGACUACCUAACUGUGAUUAUUUUGGGUGAGGAUGUUAUUCUCAAUGAGCCUGUGGAGAACUGGCCACCUUGCCACUGCCUCAUUUCUUUCCACUCCAAAGGUUUCCCCCUGGACAAAGCAGUUGCCUAUGCCAAGCUUCGGAAUCCCUUCCUCAUCAAUGACCUAACUAUGCAGUAUUAUAUCCAGGACAGGAGGGAAGUAUACCGAAUCCUGCAAGAGGAGGGCAUUGAUCUGCCUCGAUAUGCUGUGCUUAAUCGUGAUCCUGCCCGGCCAGAGGAGUGCAACCUCAUAGAGGGUGAGGACCAGGUGGAGGUGAAUGGAGCUGUGUUUCCCAAACCAUUUGUGGAGAAGCCAGUGAGUGCUGAGGAUCACAACGUCUACAUCUACUAUCCCAGCACAGCUGGUGGGGGGAGCCAGCGCCUCUUUCGUAAGAUUGGUAGUCGAAGCAGUGUGUACUCUCCUGAGAGCAGUGUCCGAAAAACUGGAUCUUACAUCUAUGAAGAAUUCAUGCCCACAGAUGGCACUGAUGUCAAGGUGUAUACAGUGGGGCCAGAUUAUGCCCAUGCUGAAGCCCGAAAGUCUCCAGCAUUAGAUGGAAAGGUGGAAAGGGACAGUGAAGGGAAGGAGAUUCGAUACCCAGUCAUGCUGACUGCCAUGGAGAAGCUGGUGGCCAGGAAAGUCUGUGUUGCUUUUAAGCAAACAGUCUGUGGGUUUGACCUUCUUCGUGCCAAUGGUCAUUCCUUUGUCUGUGAUGUCAAUGGUUUCAGCUUUGUCAAGAACUCAAUGAAAUAUUAUGAUGACUGCGCCAAGAUCUUGGGGAAUACCAUAAUGCGGGAGCUUGCCCCCCAGUUUCAGAUUCCUUGGUCUAUUCCUACAGAGGCUGAAGACAUUCCCAUUGUCCCCACCACAUCUGGUACCAUGAUGGAACUCCGUUGUGUCAUUGCCAUCAUCCGUCAUGGGGAUCGAACUCCCAAACAGAAAAUGAAGAUGGAAGUUACGCACCCCAGGUUUUUUGCACUGUUUGAAAAACAUGGUGGUUAUAAAACUGGGAAACUGAAGCUGAAAAGGCCUGAGCAGCUGCAAGAGGUGCUGGACAUCACUCGGCUGUUGUUAGGAGAGCUGGAAAAGGACCCUCGUGGUGAGAUUGAAGAGAAGAUAGGAAAACUGGAGCAGCUGAAAACUGUAUUGGAGAUGUAUGGUCACUUCUCAGGCAUCAAUAGAAAGGUACAGCUGACUUACUAUCCUCAUGGAACCAGAGUCUCUAAUGAGGAACAAGAUCAACAGCAAAAGACCCUCGCUCCAUCUCUGCUGUUGGUGUUAAAGUGGGGUGGGGAGCUGACUCCUGCUGGUCGUGUCCAGGCUGAAGAGCUGGGACGAGCUUUUCGCUGCAUGUACCCAGGUGGCCAGGGGGACUAUGCUGGCUUCCCUGGUUGUGGGCUCCUACGGCUCCAUAGCACUUAUCGCCAUGACCUCAAGAUCUAUGCUUCAGAUGAGGGUCGUGUACAGAUGACGGCUGCAGCCUUUGCCAAGGGAUUGCUGGCACUGGAGGGGGAGCUGACACCCAUCCUGGUGCAAAUGGUGAAGAGUGCCAACAUGAAUGGGCUUCUGGACAGUGAUGGUGAUUCUUUGAGCAGCUGCCAACACCGUGUGAAGGCACGAUUACAUCACAUUCUACAACAGGAUACAUCCUUUGGCCCUGGAGACUAUGAGCAGCUGGCCCCUACUGGUAGCCUUUCCCUGCUUAAUUCAAUGGCCAUAAUUCAGAAUCCUGUGGAGAUCUGUAACCAGGUAUUUGUCUUGAUUGAGAAUCUCACAUACCAGAUCCGGGAACGGCUGCAGGACCCUAAGUCGGCAGACUUGGAAUUGUACCACAGUGAAACUCUGGAAUUGAUGCUGCAGCGCUGGAGCAAGCUGGAACGUGAUUUUCGGCAGAAAAAUGGACGCUUUGAUAUCAGCAAAAUCCCUGACAUCUAUGAUUGUGUCAAGUAUGAUGUGCAGCACAAUGGGAGUCUGGGGCUCCACGGGACAGCAGAAUUGCUGCGACUCUCCAAGGCGCUGGCUGAUGUGGUCAUUCCUCAGGAGUAUGGCAUCAGCCGAGAGGAGAAACUGGAGAUUGCUGUGGGCUUUUGUCUCCCAUUGCUGAGGAAGAUUCAGCUUGACCUACAGCGAACCCAUGAGGAUGAGUCUGUCAACAAGCUGCAUCCCCUGUACUCCAGAGGGGUGCUCUCCCCAGGCCGCCAUGUCCGUACUCGUCUCUACUUCACCAGUGAGAGCCAUGUCCAUUCCCUGCUCAGUGUCUUCCGUUAUGGAGGGCUUCUUGAUGAAUCUCAGGAUGCACAGUGGCAGAGGGCUCUGGCUUAUCUCAGUGCCAUUUCAGAGCUCAACUACAUGACUCAGAUUGUCAUCAUGCUAUAUGAAGACAACACCCAGGAUCCCUCAUCUGAAGAGCGAUUCCAUGUGGAAUUACACUUCAGCCCUGGUGUGAAAGGUGUUGAGGAGGAUGGUAGUGCGCCCACUGGCUGUGGCUUCCGUCCAGCCUCUUCAGAGAAUGAGGAGCUGCAGACGGACAAAGGCAGUAUGGAAGAUCUGUGCCAUAGUAAAGAUCAAGAUGAGCCAGAUAGGGUGUUGCAGACAUCACCCCAGCCUCCUGAGAUCUCUGGUCUUCCAAGAAGAUCCCCACUCAUCCGCAACCGUAAAGCUGGCUCAAUGGAGGUGUUGUCUGAGACUUCAUCUUCCCGACCUGCUAGUUACCGUCUAUUCCAGUCUUCACGUCCACCCACAGAAAUGAAGCAAAGUGGCCUGGGCUCACAGUGCACAGGGCUGUUCAGUACCACAGUGCUGGGUGGCUCAUCCAGUGCCCCGAAUCUCCAGGACUACGCUCGCAGCCAUGGCAAAAAACUCCCACCUGCCAGCCUGAUGCAUCGAGAUGAGUUCUUGUCUGUCCCGGCUGUAAAGCGAUUUUCUGUGUCGUUUGCAAAGCAUCCGACUAACGAGCUGCUGGAUGACCAGCACCCUGUGGUCCAGCUGCUGCGCAGUUUCUCCUCCGACUGCCCAGGGGGCUGGCCAAUCUCCCUGGAUGCCACGCUGGCGCAUCACCUGCACCAGUGCUCCUACCACCUUCGUCUCUUCCGGAACUGGCUGCGCUCAGGCCAGGAUGAUCCUGAGUGCCUCUACGGAUUUGAAGGUUGUUCCAUGGUGCCUACCAUCUACCCAUUGGAAACUCUGCACAAUGCCCUCUCCCUUCGCCAAGUGAAUGAAUUCCUGAGUUCAGUCUGCCAACGGCACACAGAUGCCCAAGUAUCUGCAGCUCUGUUUGAUUCCAUGCACAGCAACCAGGCUCCUGGGGGCCCAUUUGCUCCACCCCAGACCCUUCACUCACCCCCUUUGCAGCUCCGGCAGCGCUCUGAGAAGCCCCCAUGGUAUAGCAGUGGCCCCUCCAGCACUGUGUCUAGUGCUGGCCCCUCUUCCCCUACUUCAGUAGAUGGAGGCUCCCAUUUUGCCUUCAGUGACCAUCUGAACCUGAGUUCUCAAGUGGGUGAAGAUUGUCGAAGUUAUGGGCAGCCUCAGGAGAUCCCUGAGGAUGGGGACAAGGAGGCCACAGAGAUGGGAAAAGGGCCCUCUAAAAUCCUCCAGCCACCUCAGGAAAUGCCUGGGCAGGGGGGGCGGCUGACACAGGAGGCCCUGGAAGAGGUGGGCCAGGCCCCCCAAGAGGUUCUGGUGCAAGCGGAGCCCCUGGUGCAGAGAGAGGGCCCUCUCGAAGGUGAUCAGCCCUUUCAAGAGUAUCCUGUCAGUGCUGACACCCUGUCAAAGGGAACCUCUGACAUCGGCUUCAUGUUCCAGAAGAUUCCUGAGGAAGCUGCCCAGCCAGGCCAGGAGGCCGAGGAGGAGGCUGCCCAGCCAGGCCAGGAGGAUGGCCAGGAGGUUGGUCUGCUGUCCCAGGAGGCUUCUAAGAAAGCUGACCUGCUGUCUCAAGACACUCUAGGAGAAGUUGACCAGCCAACCCAGGAGAGUACUAAGGAAGUCGAUCAUCUAUUUGGAAAUAAUGUUCUCCAAGGCCAGCACCUGUUUAGUGACCCAGACCCUUUAGACCAAGUCUUGACCCUCAGCCAGCAGCCUCCCUUUCCACCAGCACCACAUGACUAAGUGCUAUGUCAUUAGUGGUCACUGUACCAGUCAUUUGAACCAGCAGCAAUUCUGCUGGCCACCUUACCUGCCAGUUAGAGGUCUUGGCUCCAACCAGAGGGCUCUGAGGAAGCAACCUCUCCCCUCAUAAAGAGGGGCAUGAUUGGGGCAGGAGCUGGGCCGGGGUGGAGCCAGCUCUGCCAAAGGUCCCCUGGGUCUGGCUACCUAAUUAGUGUCCUCAGCUCCUCAGAAUAGAGCGUGCUAGGUAACUGGGAGUUGAGUGGAAUGUCAUUUUGUUGCUAAAGACGAUUGAGGACUAGCACAGAGAAGAGAAGGGAUCCCAGCUGAGGGUCCUGGAUUCUGACGAAUGCUCUAGCAAAGGGUGGAUAGUCUCCCAAGGUCCCUUGGGCCCCCUGGGCAUUCAAGAGGUGUAGCUAGUGUUCUGUGGGCAGUUUUAGGAUUGCCCAUCAAAUUGGGAGAGGAAAAGAGAAUCCCAUUCCCCAAUUGACCAUCUUAGUGGCCACUGAUACUGAAAUUGGGCUAUAGAUAUUCCCAUAUUAUCCCCAAGUGCCCCCUUCCUAUCCAUCUGGACAACAGCUCUGGCAUAGGAUGGGUAUCAAACUACUCUAAAAAGAGUAAUCACUUAAAGCUGCUUUAGGGGUAUCUUGCCUUCAGGGGACCCUUGGCCAACUGCUGAGGGGUAUUUUGGCUUGGUGUGGGGAGGGAGUCUAUAGUGGAGAGAAUCAGGUUUUAUUUUAAGCAAUUAGAAGAGAUCACUAUUGUACAGACAGGAACAAAAAUUUAAUAUAUAUAUAUGUGUGUGAGUGUGUGUGUGUGCGCGCGUGUGUGUAUGUGUAUACAUAUAUAUAUACAUAUAUAUAUAUAUAUAUAUAUGUAUGUGUGUGUGUGUAUAUAUAUCUUUCUAUAGUGAAGCCAGAGCCAGGCCCACCGAGGACCAAGCACUCCAGGGUCCCUGUGAGGUUUGUUCUUGCUUCUCUUGUAUUCUUAGGGCCAGGUGUGAUUGUGAAGCUUUUCCCAAAGAUGAUGGGGGGAGGGAGGGAGGGAAGGGUGGGCAGGGAGAUACAAUCAUUUGAAUUGGGUGAGGGCAGGAACAUCGUGAGUGCUCAAUAAAUAUGAAAUAACGGCAA